AGUGGCUCUGCAAACGCAUACCUACCAGUUUAACAACACUAACAUAAAAGAGGAUAGCGACUGGCCCUCAUUCAGUCAGGCCUCGAGUCUCUCCACGUACCGACGUAGCGCGCCGCUGGCGACGACACACACUACUCGAAAUUCUGUUUAAAACUCCUGUUAUUUUAAAUUAGUGACCAUAUACCCAAUUCCAUUUAGACAAUCCGCAAUAAUAACCAGACGACGAACGAGUUUCCAAAAUACCAUUUGUGUUUGCAGUAAGGAUUUCACGGACGAUCCAUCAUGUUAAAAAUAGUAGCCCUCGGGUUGCUUGUAAUUUCGACGGUGACUGGUCAAUGCUUCUACAAAGAUGAUUCAACUAAGAAGCUGGAUCCUGAAGCUCGCACGUCUCUCUACAGGGGCCAAUUGGAGUUCACCCUAAAUUUGUUUAACUCCAUUAACGAUGCGUAUCCCACCGACAACAUAUUCUUUUCGCCGUUCUCUGUGUACCACUCUCUACUGCUGGCUUACUUUUCUGCUGGAGGUCAGACGGAAGCGUCUCUGAAGGAGUCACUACAGAUAGCGAAAUCUUUGGAUAAAAUCAAUUUGAUAACAGCGUACAAGGUAGACCGGCGGUCCCGCCUGAUGAACAACAAUAGCGACAGCUACGAGUUCACCAGCGCCAACAAAUUGUUCGUCGAUGAAACGCUCGACGUCAGGCAGUGCUUGCUGGACAUCUUCGAGAACGAACUAGAGAGACUUAAUUUCCACGAGAUGCCCUCGGAAUCACGCGAGCACAUUAACAAGUGGGUGGCCGCGGUGACUAAGAACCACAUCCAGACGUUGAUCCCCGAGGACGGCAUCACGCACACCACCAAGCUGGUGCUCGCCAACGCCGCUUACUUCAAAGGCGUCUGGGCCUCUAAAUUCCCCGCAGAAAGGACCAAGAAAGAGGCAUUCUUUGUUUCCGAAACUCGUCAAACGCUGGCGCCGUUUAUGAAGCAGAAAGGCACUUUCCAUUUCAUGGUGAGCGAAGACCUCGGCGCGCAGAUUCUGGAGCUGCCCUACAAAGGGAACGACAUCAGCAUGUACAUUCUCCUGCCGCCCUACUCUAUGAAGGAAGGCGUGAAGAACAUCAUAGCCAACCUGACGCCCGAGCGACUGGCCGCCGUGGUGGAGGAAAGCUACAUGGGCCGCGAGGUCAUCGUCGAGAUACCCAAGUUCACCGUUGAGAAGAGCCUGCCCCUGAGGCCUAUCUUGGAGACUCUGGGAGUUGGCGACUUGUUUAACAGUACCUCCGACUUCACGACACUGACGGACGACCAUGUCAGCUUCGACGACGCCAUUCACAAGGCUAAGAUCCAAAUCGAUGAAGAAGGGACCGUGGCAGCAGCGGCGACGGCCAUCUUCGGGUUCCGGUCGUCGCGGCCCGCGGAGCCCACCCGCUUCGUGGCCAACUUUCCCUUCGUGUACCUGGUGUACGAGCGCCCCACCAACUCCAUCCUCUUCAUGGGCGUCUACAGGGACCCUAAGAAGUAAACAACACACUUGGUACAGAAGUCCUGUUUAUUUUUGCGUUUUCUUAGACCUAUAGUUUAGUAACUAUUUAAUUUGUAUACUCAGACAAUGAGCUCUACGCUGUAGUAUUGCAUGGUGUUUUUCCAACCCCUUGCCAUUGAACUAAUCAGGAUAUUGUGAAAUAAAUGCAUGUUCCAUAGUAAACUUCGAAGUCUACUUGGCCGACAUUUAUUUGCGAUUAUUGGGAGUUGGUUCAUAUAGUGAGUAUUUUUAUAAGCUACCUUAACAGGUUUUGGAAAAACGAACUGUAUAUUUUUUUGCAGCAUACCGUACUGUUUAUCACUACCAUAAUAUAUAUUAAAUCUCUCUUUCUACUAUGUAUAUCGGAGAAAUACCAUGUGUAUGUCCAGGAUAUAAAGUAUAAACAGUGUAGUGCUGAUACAAUUUCUGUGUCUAGCUAGACCUUGAAGUCAUAAUUAACACGUUUUCAACAUGUUGUCAGGAAUUUGCAAACUGAUUAGUGAUAACUAAAUAUCCCGCAUGCAUGGCAGAAUCAUUGUUUUUCACAGUAUGGCAUUAAUACUCGCUCUAGUACCAUUAAGGGGUUGUAGUUUAAAAUAACAGCAACGUCGCGCGGGUGCACGGGUCACGAAGGCGCCUCAAACUGUAGGUAGAAUCCGCCUCACGCGCCCACGUCAGUCCGUCAGCGGCGCUCACACUACUCUUCGUUAACCCGCUCGCCCGCUCCGUGCACACGCGCGACGUCGCGGACGCCCAAAAUAUAAUAUGUAUUGAAUACAAUUUUAUCGGUCAGAUUGAAUUAAUAUUUGAUAAACUCAUGUAGGUAGUUUCUAGGUUAAUACAAUAAUUAAAAUCUAUCUUAUCUUAACAGAUAAUAUUUUCAUCUAAAUUAAAUAAUCAGGAUUGGAUUUAGUUGACUGGUGAUUUUUUAAUUUAAUUAAGUACCCGUCGGGAACGAUUUAGUCCCUAAGAAAUUGUUUGAUUUAACUUUAUUUCGAUUUAAUUAGAGAUUAAUCAUGAGUGUUAGAUUUAUAGUUGAAUUUUAAACAUGAAUGUCCAACUUUGACUACUAAGUAGGUAGGUAUAUUUUCACCUAGCGCUGUGACACUUAUCAUUAUCACUACACCUUAUAAAACAAAGUCCUUUAUUAUGUCUGUCUGUUUGUGUAUGUAUGUUCGCGACAAUCUCAGAAACUACUGAACGGAUUUUCAUGCAGUUUUCACCUAUCAAUAGCGAUUCUUGAGGAAGGUUAAGUGUCUGAUUGUAAUUUGUUAAGGUUUUGUGUAGCUGAACAGUGAGAAGCCGGGGCAGAUCAGGAGUUAGUGUUGUACUUACAUAUUUGGAAGACUGGAACUCGUCUGUAUUGGCAGGUCAGUAGUUAAAACUACUUACAAAUUUAUAAGCCUACAAAUCAAGACAAGAAAAAAGACUUUAUACUUACCCGAGAAUAGAGCCACGAUUUUAACCUACAUACAGUACAACCCAUUUCCUGAUUUUAACAAAAUUUGUAGAGUGUUCUGUUCGUAUUUUUUAGUUAGAAUUAGAAAGAACUUGAAAGAGGGUAAGCGAUCUUGACAUGUCUUUUAAUUGAAAAACGCUUUUUAAAAAUCAAUAACUAUUAUUUAUGAAAGCAGAAAAAUAUAAAUGAUCGUAUUAGAUUCAUAAUUGUUAGAUAUUUGCCGUAACCUAUUUUUAAAAUGUGUUUUUCAAUUAAAAGAUACAUCAAGAUUGUUUACCUCAUUUCUAAUGCUAAAAAAACGAACUAUAAUUCUCGUCAUGUAAUUUAAACGAAUAAACUCAUUUCUUACUUGUAUUAGGCAUAUGUAUGUUACUAAUAAAAUAAUAUAUGUAGUUUUAAGGUUUAUUAUGUAUAUCAUUAUUUGUAAUGAGUAAGAAUUCAGUUGAGACGUAAGUUUAAUGUAAAAAUAAUUUAUUGGAAAUUAA